AUGUUGGUUCCCAUGAAUUUUGAAGGUGUGCACCCUUUCCACAUGGUCUCCAUGGAUGUAGAAAGGAACAAUUUCUGUGCUGUGCUUUCUGAGGUCCAGAAUGAGUUCCUUGGUUUUCGUGGUGUUCAGUGGUUUGACAGUAAGAAAGGACAAAAUAAGAAACUUGGGCAUGCCUGGGACAUGAAAUACCAGCUGUGGACUGGAAGAAAGUCAUAUGGACCAAUGAAUCAAAAUUUGAAAUCUUCAGUUCAUCCUGGAAGCGGAAGAGUUGGUGACUUGCACAAAGUGACUGUCAUUCUUAAUCAAAAGAGUUACCACAGCAUUUUGCAGCUCCAUGCAAUACCUUCUGGUCUGCAUCUGGUAGGUCAGGGGUUCAUCCUACAGCAAGAUGAUGACCCAAAACAUAACUUCCAACUUAUUUCAGAACUGUGUUUAAAGAAAAGAACAAGAAGGAAUAUGGAUUUAACUACAGCAGACAUGAAAGCGCGGUUGCUCGUCGGAUUACUAGCGGUAUCACCGUUGCUGACUGUCGUUUCUGCACAACAAACAUGCAAACUCAAGGCCAAGUUCAAUUUAAACGGAUUUAAAAACAAAGACAACAAAGACAUUAUUUUAGGAGGGAUGUUUCCCGUACAUAACCGACUGGCUUCGUCCAACGAUUCAACCUCUUCAAUGCCAACGUCUUCUGAUUGUGAGGGGUUUAAUUUCAGAGCAUUUCGUUGGGCCCAAACAAUGAGGUUUGUCAUAGAUGAAAUUAACACCCGAAAAGACCUGCUUCCAAACAUCACCUUGGGAUAUGUCAUUUAUGAUUCCUGUUUCACGAUUUCAAAAUCUGUGGAAGGUACUCUCACAUACCUAACAGGGCAGGAUGAGGCUGUGCCUAACUACCGAUGCGGCUCCGGUGCCCCCUUGGCAGCAUUAGUUGGAGCAGGAGGAUCUGCUCUUUCAAUUGCUACAGCUAGAAUUUUAGGACUGUACUAUUUUCCACAGGUAAGCUACUGUUCUUCAUGCUCAGUCCUUAGUGACACCUUCCAGUUUCCUUCAUUUCUCAGAACAAUCCCAAAUGACAAUUAUCAGUCGAAAGCAAUGGCGCAGCUCGUUGUCAAUUUUGGCUGGACCUGGGUGGGGACUAUUGCAGCAGAUGAUGAUUAUGGUAAAUAUGGCAUCAAGCUGUUCAAAGAAGAGGUCGAGAAGGCUGGGGUGUGUAUCUCAUUCUCGGAGACACUUCCCAAGCUUUAUUCCCAAUCGACUAUCCAGCGAAUUGUGGACACUAUCAAGAAGUCCACAGCAAACAUCAUUGUGGUGUUUUCGUCUGACGUUGACUUUAGUCCCCUGAUGGAAGAGCUUGUGAACCAUAACAUUACUAAUAAAACGUGGAUAGCAAGUGAAGCCUGGGUAACAUCAGCUUUGAUCGCCAGGGAAGAGUAUUAUCCUAUUCUUCGUGGAACUAUCGGCUUUGCCAUCAAAAGAGCUGUAAUUUCAGGUCUCUUUGAAUUCCUUAAUAAAAUAGACCCAUAUGGAACCAACGAUCCACUAAUGAGAGAAUUCUGGCAGCGUGCUUAUAACUGCACUCUGGACGAUCAGUAUAUGCUACUGAGAAUGGAGACACCCAUUUAUAGCAGUAACAUCACGGAGUCAAGAAUCCACACACUUAAUGCCAUUGGACAGCGCGUUUGUACAGGAAAAGAAACUCCGGAGUCCAUUAAUAACACUUACUAUGAUGUUUCCCAGCUGCGCAUAACAUACAGCGUUUACAAGGCUGUCUAUACAGUUGCCUAUGCUCUGCAUUAUAUGUCAAUAUGCAAAGAAGGAAAAGGACCAUUUGUUGGAAAUACUUGUGCUAACAUUUCAAAUUUUGAACCAUGGCAGCUAAUGUACUAUUUGAAGAAUCUUAAAUUUACAGCUUUGGAUAAUGAGGCAGUUUUCUUUAACGCUAAUGGAGAUGUAGACGCCUACUAUGACAUUUUAAACUGGCAGAUAAAUAAAGAUGGCAAAAUCAGAUAUGUGAAAAUCGGAUACUACAAUGGCACUGCUCCAACUGGACAAGAAAUGAGCAUUUCUAAUAGUUCAAUUAUGUGGAACACCAACAAUUUCACUCAGCCUCCCCGCUCGGUCUGCAGUGAAAGUUGCCUUCCUGGAACCAGAAAGGGAAUUCGUCAAGGGGAGCCAGUGUGCUGUUUUGAUUGCAUUCCUUGUGCUGAUGGCGAAAUUACAAAUGAAACAGAUGCUAGAGAAUGCAUACAGUGUGGUACUGACUACUGGUCCAAUACCAAGAAAGAUGCCUGCGUUCCGAAAGAAAUCGAGUUUCUUGCAUAUGAUGAAGCACUUGGAAUCACACUGAUUGCAGUUUCUGUUUUUGGCGCCUGCGUCGCUUUAGCCGUUGUCAUUAUCUACAUUAUAUACAGAAAUACGCCACUUGUUAAAGCCAACGAUAUAGUGCUAACUUUCUUUAUUCAGUUUUCACUUAUCAUUACUUUCCUUAGCUCCAUCGCUUUUGUUGGUCAGCCUCAGCCCUGGUCUUGUAUGACCAGACAUGUUUCCCUGGCCCUUGGUUUUGCCAUCUGCCUUUCCUGUAUCAUGGGCAAAACCAUUGUGUUAAUGUUCUCUGCUAGGGCGGCAAAAUCCAAGACCCCUGAAAAAGUCAAUAGUGAGCCAAUUAAACCAAUCCACCAAAAAAUUAUCGCCCUUGUGGGCUCGCUGAUCCAAGUAUGCGGCUGCACUAUCUGGCUGAUCCUCUAUCCACCAUAUCCAGUCAAGAACACUGCAUCUCAGAAUAUUAAGAUCAUUCUGGAGUGCAGUGAGGGCUCCAUUGUUUUUAUCUGCUGUAUAUUUGGGUAUGAUGUACUGCUUGCACUGCUGGGUUUUGUCUUUGCUUUCAUUGCCCGUAAGUUGCCAGAUAACUUCAAUGAAGGAAAAUUUGUGACUUUUGGCAUGCUGGUGUUCUUCAUAGUUUGGAGUUCCUUUGUUCCUGCAUAUCUCAGUACUAGGGGCAAAUUCAUGGUGGCAGUUCAUAUAUUUGCCAUUUUAGCAUCCAGUUUUGGAUUAUUGGCUUGUAUAUUUGUCCCAAAAUGUUACAUCAUUAUCCUGAAACCAGAGAGAAACACAGAUGAGCUAGUGAAAAGUCAACCAAAGCUGAUUGACAAGAGUGCUCCUGGAACAUCGACGUCACUCUCCAGUGAAAUUAAUAGCACCACAGUUUCUACUGUGUCCAUGACGGAUUGA